AUGACACAUGAGACGAUCAGUGGCAAGCUUGCGGUAGCUCGACAGAAUGCUCAAAUCUUAUAUUCGGAGUUACAAAAAGCAUAUGAGGCUCUCCAGGAUGCUUCUCUACUCGAUAUGCUGGCUCAAGUUGCACCUGUCCCACCAAAACGGUACCUCAAACUUUACAACACGUUGAAGGGUCACAGAGACAAGAUUGCUCAGGUGAAAUGGGAUCAAAGCUCCCGAAGAAUUGUUUCGGCAUGUCAGGAUGGCUUCAUGAUUAUAUGGGAUGCUGUAACGGGCUUGAAGCUUCAGGCGAUACCUCUAGAGAGCUCGUGGGUGCUUUGCUGUGCAUACUCCCCUAGCGGUAGAUUGGUUGCCCUGGCUGGCUUGGACAAUAAAUGCUCAAUCUACAAAGUCAAUAUCCCUGAGCCUGGUGCUCCUAUAACCUCGCAACCGGGCUCCAUCGAGCUUCUGGAGCUCUCCAAGCCUUAUAGGGCCGGGCCUGGUGCACAUGCUGCGUAUGUAAGUGCUUGUGAGUUCAUUGAAGAGAACAAGAUCCUCACGGCGUCCGGAGACAUGACAAUUGCUCUUUGGGAUACACAGAGAGGUAUUCGCUCACAUGAGUUCUUGGGACAUUCAGCAGAUGUGUUGCUGAUGCUGGCAAGACCUUUUCAGCAGACGUUUUUGUCGUCAGGUGCAGACGGACUUGUGAAGGUUUGGGAUCUCCGUGAGAAAGGACCCGUGAUGUCAUGUAAUAUACUGAAAACGGAUGUCAACGACAUUGCCGAUUUCCACGAUGGCCACUCUUUUGUCGCAGGCGCUGAUGACGGUGUUUGUAAGCUCUUCGACUUGCGCUCUGAGUGUGAGCUAGCUAGCUUCGAGCUUCUGGCGCAAUUCUCCCUGGCCAAAAACACUACCACCAUCACCACGCCGCUUAUGUCUCAUUUCGACACUCCGGGCGUUGUUUCGUUGGACCUCAGCAGAUCCAAGCGCAUCCUAUACGCCUGCUACGCGGAUUAUGGGUGUAUUGCUUGGGAUACGCUCAAAAACAGUAUCAUAGAAACGAUUGGAGUUGGCAGCGGGAGUCAUAACGGGCGGAUCUCGCAAGUUGCCGUGAGCCCCGAUGGAGAAGGAAUGGCCACUGCGUCGUGGGAUUCACUGAUCAAGAUCUGGUCUACUUGA